AUCAAGUCAUAAGGAUCAUAAGGCUUUAAAAUUGUAAUCUUAAAAUAACACAUAAAACCUAAUUUGCAUAAAAUUUUGAUAUAUUGGGUAGUGUAUGCUGUUUGAGGCUUUGGCUUCAGAAUGAUUAUCACGUGGGCCUUUUUGGAGCACCAUAAAUAAAUAUCAACAACAAAAUGCUCUGCUGCACAUCUUAAGGGAGCUUGUAUUGACCCUGACAGCUUCUGCAGAAGACAGAAGGGAGCAUGAGGCACAUGCAUCGAUUCUGAUGGGGGAACUGUUGCUAGAAAGUAGGAGUACCGAAUAAACUGAUCUGGCAAUGGACGACUUUACAACACGUACUUAUGGCACAAGUGGCCUGGACAACAGACCUCUGUUUGGGGAUACGUCAGCAAGGGAUCGGAUAAUCAAUUUAGUUGUUGGUGGACUUGCUGUUUUGCUAGUCAUAGUGACUAUUAUUAGCUCCUUUGUCUUCCCCUCCUUGCCACCCAAGCCACUAAACAUUUUCUUCGCGGUCUGUAUCCUGCUUAUGUGUGGCUCAGUCAUAGUUCUGAUUUUCUGGUAUCGACAGGGAGAUCUGGAGCCCAAGUUUCGCAAACUGAUUUAUUACAAGCUCUGUUCAGUCGUCCUUCUAUGUAUUUGUGCCAACUUGUACUUCCACGAUGUGGGACGUAACAUAAAGGGUGAUGCCUUAUCAUAAGAAAAUGAAAUACCUUUCCCCAGUGGAGGAGAAUUUUGACCCAUGCAGGUCGUUCGCAACCUCCACACACAUAUCCAGUGUUUUCAACGGACAGUUCUGACCUGAAAACUGGAUUUAAAAUGGGCAAAAUAUUUCUUCUAGUAGCCUUCUUUGAGGUCAGGCCAGUCUGCCUAUCGAGGCCUUUUAAGUGGACCAACAGUAUCACACAUGCAAACGUACGCACUGUGAGUGUACCACACUAGCUUGUAUUGCUAUAUAUGCCAAUGUAACUGUGAGAGUUAGCUCACGAUUAAGCCAUAGUUAUGCUGCAUUAUGCAUUUUAUAUUUCUGUAUGUUCUAUCGAAGUACAUUUCUGAUGCAAUCUUGAUGUCAUAGCACUUACCAAAACAGAAAGUGGUAGAGUGUCACUGACUGCCUGGGUUUUCACUCCAAUUUUAGAAAUUACUGCACACUAUGUCAUUUAAUAUAUUAAAGGUGAAGGAUUGUUUUAUGUAAGAAAUAAACCCUUAUUCCCAGGUU